AGUGUGUUCGCUCCCGCCGUAAAGUGACAGGUACUAUAUUCUAGUUCUAGUGGAACACGACGACAACCACUCCGACUCCGGCGAAGCAUCAUUACUGCCAGCGUACUCCGUAUCGUGCGUGCGUGCCUCCGGGAUCUACCGAGACCACGCUACUAGACCCACCGACCGAGUUAACUGCUUCCAACUCCCCCGCCCAGUGCGUUCCGAAGAAAAUACAACUUGAAAAAGCUCCCCUUUUUACAAUUACUUCACAUACGUUCUCGCUCCGGCUCUAUCUCUCUCCUUCACUCCUGCCUACGUGAACUUCGGGCACCGACUGAACUUACUCUAUAGAGUGUGUAGUCAAUAUCGGACUGCUCCACAGAAUAAAGGGGGACCAAAAGCAAGUGUGUGCGACGGCGGAACCCUUCAGUGUGAUUCGCGUCAAGCCCCACCGCGUUUGGACACACAGUUCGGUCUGAGUUUCUGUGCUGUGUGUGUUAACGAGAGUGUCGUGUCGUGUCGAGUGCGUUGUGCGGUGUUUAUCGUGGUGUACAGCUGCAAAACCCCUUGAAGAGAUUGCACCCUUCCCUUCAGAAACGUGUUUUACUCUCAGUGUGUGCGCCUCGUGUUGAAAAGAUAAACAAACCAGCAACCAGGAAAGAACGAAUCGAACGAACGUGUGACGUAGUGUUGUGAAUUGUUUCUUUUGAAGCAUCAGUGUUAACAGUUAAGUUACUGCAGCGACCACCACCAACAACAACAACAACUAAACCAAGAUGGCGGCUUUCAUCGCUAAGCAGAUGGUUGGUAGCCAGCUGAAUGCUGUCAAAGGAGCUGCCGGAGGCGCUGUAGGCGGUGACGGCGGUGACGAUGAGACCGACAAAGAGAAGGAGGAGGAGGCCGAGCGCGAACGCCAGGAGGCGAUCAAAGAGGCCGAAGAUCGACGAAAGGAGAAGCACCGCAAGAUGGAGGAGGAGCGGGAGAAGAUGCGACAGGAAAUCCGAGACAAAUAUAACAUAAAGAAAAAAGAGGAAGUGGUCGAACAGGCACCCCAGGAGGAACCCAACCCGCUGAUGCGGAAAAAGAAAACGCCCGAAGAGCUGGCGGCCGAGGCGGAACAGGAGGAUCUGGACGACUUCACGAAGUUGAAAAACUCCAUAGAAACGCAGGUGAACGAGAUCAAAACGCAAAUCGAGGGAAAAUGCUCCUUACAGUGAUUAUCCAUCAUCCGUAUUCAGCAGUAUAUUCAAUAAUAUUAAAUCUAAUUUAAUGAAAUAAAAAGGAAUACAAGAAAUAAGCAGAAUGCAAAUAUUAUAGAAGAAAAAAAAAACAAAAUAGUAAUUAUUUAAAACAAGUGAAAAAAAAAUCACAUGAAAAACAAGUAAUUAAAAGAAAAAAAAAGUAUUUAAAUGUAAAGUUUUAAAUUGAAAAUUCAAAUGAAAAAAAAAACAAAAACGAACAAAGGAAAAAAGAAAAACCAUAUAACGUAUAAGCAGCAUUAAUCACCACCCGUCACCACCACAUUGAAACAACCGAUGACACACGCAACCGAAAACGACAGGCAAUCCAGAUGAGAAACAUACCACCACUAGCACCGUUUGAAGCGCAACAUACAAAUGCAAUAUGAGUACGAACACAAGAACAACAGCAACAACAGAAAAUAGCGACGACGACACAAGCAGCACCAUCACAACAGCAAACACAUCACCAGCAUUCCUUGAGUCACAACAUUAAACAACAACAACAAAAAAAAACAUAAUAAGAAGCUCAUGACAGUUCAUUAUACAAAAAAAAACAAAAACAAGCGAUAAAUAAUAGAGAACAGAUGAAAAACUACGUUGUUAAAUAGGGACACCCAGGUGAAUCAACUGAUUAAGAAAAAAAAAGUGAAAAAAUGUGAUUAUUCAAAAAAAAAGUUAAAACAAAGAGGAGAAGCAUUUACCUUUUCGAUUUACCGUUUCGUUGAUGUAAAGCAGUUAGACUUAAAGAGGAACUACGCAGAAAACGAAGAAAAGGAAAAGAAGAAUAGAGAUUUGCUUCAGUUUUGAAUAGAAAACAGCAAAAAUCCAGGAACGAAGAUCGAAAAUCGGCAAGCGACAAGCAUUUGUGAUAACGCAUGAUUGUUUGUAGUUCAAGAGGAUAGGAAACGAGGAUGAGGAUGAAAACAAGGCAGAAAACACGAAUUUUGUUCCCCCGGUGUUUUAGUUUUCGGUUUGCAAACAAGUUUUGACAUACGUG